AGGGAGGAUUGCUUGAGCCCAGGAUGUCGAGGCUGCAGUAAGCUGUGAUCGCACCACUGCACUCCAGCCUGGGCGACAGAGCAAGAUCCCGUAUCAAUAAAGAAGGAAAGAAAAGAAAUAAUGCUUGUAGAGCGUUCGGCACAGUGUCGGGUUAUACUGUAAACAUUCAGUAAUUGGCGCUAGUUAUUAGAGCGGUGUUCCUGGAUGAGCCACCUCCAUGUUGAGCCUGUAAAACUGGCCUAAUACGUUCUCUAUGAGUCACUGCAUUGCUCUGCAAAUCAGAUAAAACGUCACUAGUAGGUCAGUUAUUAACAACCCCAGUGAUAAUCUUUGGAAAACACUGACAUAAUUUUCUUUUUCUUCUUUUUUUUGGUGAGACGGAGAUUUACUCGUUGCCCAGGCUGGAGUGCAAUGGCGCGAUCUCGGCUCACCGCAUCCUCCGCCUCCCAGGUCCAAGCGAUUCUCCUGCCUCAGGCUCCCGAGUAGCUGGGAUUACAGGCAUGUGUGACCACGCCCGGCUAAUUUUGUAUUUUUAGUAGAGACGGGGUUUCACCGUGUUGCCCAGGCUGACCUCGAACUCCUCACCUCAGGUAAUCCGCCCGCCUCGGCCUCCCAAAGUGCUGGGAUUACAGGCGUGAGCCACUGCGCCCGGCCAGAAACUGCCACAAUUUUCUAAAGAGGAAAAAAAAAUCCCUUCUAAGCUAUGCCUUCCCGACGAGACCCUUGCUGUUCCUUUAAAAUGGGCCGGGCAGCAGAAAGACGAGUGAGUGACAGCAGACUUGCCAAUCAGAAGCGGCCCCGUCUCGGGCCCACCCCGAGGCCUGGCCCAACCGCGUCCCGGUAGCUCCCGGAAUAGGAGCGUUGCGAGACGGUCGGUUCCAAGUGGGCCUGGGCGCGGGGGAGAGGCGGGUCUGUCCUCGGGAACUGCAAGGCCCUGUGAGCGGGAGGACUCGGAUCCCGGCAGCGGCUGCUGGAAGCGUCGAAGCUCAGCGGGGCCGCGGACACUGACCUGUGCUUAGAACUCAUCCUGGCCCGCAGAGCCUGCCGCGAGUCCCUGGCGUCCCCUGUGGCGGGCUCUUGGAGCCACUUUCCCGAGCGGAAGUCAGCCUGCGGCUCGGACUCCGGCGGGACCUGCUCGGAGGAAUGGCGCCGCCGGGUUCAAGCACUGUCUUCCUGUUGGCCCUGACAAUCAUAGCCAGCACCUGGGCUCUGACGCCCACUCACUACCUCACCAAGCAUGAUGUGGAGAGACUAAAAGCCUCGCUGGAUCGCCCUUUCACAAAUUUGGAAUCUGCCUUCUACUCCAUCGUGGGACUCAGCAGCCUUGGUGCUCAGAUGCCAGAUGCAAAGAAAGCAUGUACCUACAUCAGAUCUAACCUUGAUCCCAGCAAUGUGGAUUCCCUCUUCUACGCCGCCCAGGCCAGCCAGGCCCUCUCAGGAUGUGAGAUCUCUAUUUCAAAUGAGACCAAAGAUCUGCUUCUGGCAGCUGUCAGUGAGGACUCAUCUGUUACCCAGAUCUACCAUGCAGUUGCAGCUCUAAGUGGCUUUGGCCUUCCCUUGGCAUCCCAAGAAGCACUCAGUGCCCUUACUGCUCGUCUCAGCAAGGAGGAGACUGUGCUGGCAACGGUCCAGGCUCUGCAGACAGCAUCCCACCUGUCCCAGCAGGCUGACCUGAGGAGCAUCGUGGAGGAGAUUGAGGACCUUGUUGCUCGCCUGGAUGAACUCGGGGGCGUGUAUCUCCAGUUUGAAGAAGGACUGGAAACAACAGCGUUAUUUGUGGCUGCCACCUACAAGCUCAUGGAUCAUGUGGGGACUGAGCCAUCCAUUAAGGAGGAUCAGGUCAUCCAGCUGAUGAACGCGAUCUUCAGCAAGAAGAACUUCGAGUCCCUCUCCGAAGCCUUCAGCGUGGCCUCUGCGGCUGCUGUGCUCUCCCAUAAUCGCUACCACGUGCCAGUUGUGGUUGUGCCUGAGGGCUCUGCUUCCGACACUCAUGAACAGGCUAUCUUGCGGUUGCAAGUCACCAAUGUUCUGUCUCAGCCUCUGACUCAGGCCACUGUUAAACUAGAACAUGCUAAAUCUGUUGCUUCCAGAGCCACUGUCCUCCAGAAGACAUCCUUCACCCCUGUAGGGGAUGUUUUUGAACUAAAUUUCAUGAACGUCAAAUUUUCCAGUGGUUAUUAUGACUUCCUUGUCAAAGUUGAAGGUGACAACCGGUAUAUUGCAAAUACCGUAGAGCUCAGAGUCAAGAUCUCCACUGAAGUUGGCAUCACAAAUGUUGAUCUUUCCACCGUGGAUAAGGAUCAGAGCAUUGCACCCAAAACUACCCGGGUGACAUACCCAGCCAAAGCCAAGGGCACAUUCAUCGCAGACAGCCACCAGAACUUCGCCUUGUUCUUCCAGCUGGUAGAUGUGAACACUGGUGCUGAACUCACUCCUCACCAGACAUUCGUCCGACUCCAUAACCAGAAGACUGGCCAGGAAGUGGUGUUUGUUGCCGAGCCAGACAACAAGAACGUGUACAAGUUUGAACUGGAUACCUCUGAAAGAAAGAUUGAAUUUGACUCUGCCUCUGGCACCUACACUCUCUACUUAAUCAUUGGAGAUGCCACUUUGAAGAACCCAAUCCUCUGGAAUGUGGCUGAUGUGGUCAUCAAGUUCCCUGAGGAAGAAGCUCCCUCGACUGUCUUGUCCCAGAACCUUUUCACUCCAAAACAGGAAAUUCAGCACCUGUUCCGCGAGCCUGAGAAGAGGCCCCCCACCGUGGUGUCCAAUACAUUCACUGCCCUGAUCCUCUCGCCGUUGCUUCUGCUCUUCGCUCUGUGGAUCCGGAUUGGUGCCAAUGUCUCCAACUUCACUUUCGCUCCUAGCACGAUUAUAUUUCACCUGGGACAUGCUGCUAUGCUGGGGCUCAUGUAUGUCUACUGGACUCAGCUCAACAUGUUCCAGACCUUGAAGUACCUGGCCAUCUUGGGCAGUGUGACGUUUCUGGCUGGCAAUCGGAUGCUGGCCCAGCAGGCAGUCAAGAGAACAGCACAUUAGUUCCAGAAGAAAGAUGGAAAUUCUGAAAACUGAAUGUCAAGGAGUCAAGAACAAUUCACAGUAUGAGAAGAAAAAUGGAAAAAAAAAAAACUUUAUUUAAAAAAGAAAAAACUCCAGACUGUAGUUAUACUUUUGCUUGUUUUUCAGUUUCCCCAACACACAGCAGAUACCUGGUGAGCUCAGAUAGUCUCUUUCUCUGACACUGUGUAAGAUGCUGUGAAUAUUACUAACUUACCCAGAUGUUGCUUUUGAAAAGUUGAAAUGUGUAAUUGUUUUGGAAUAAAGAGGGUAAUAAUAGGAACAAA